GAGUUUGUUUGCAGUAGAGAUGACCUCUUGGUUAGUGCGGAUUUUGCCCGCUUGGUCCCGGGUUCGACUCGGCUCAGUGCCCGGGGCUCGGUUUGUGUCUCAGACCCCGUCUCCUGGAGCCACGGGCAGCCCCGCCGUGUCCGGCCUGAGCCCCGCCGGGCACAAUGACGCCCACGGGCAUGUGGAGGUCAGCUUGUACGAGAAGAACAGGGAUUUCCAUGGUUUUCACAAGGACCCCCAAGUGGACGUGUGGAACAUGAAAGUAGCCUUCUUCUUUGGAAUCUCUGUUGCUAUAGUGAUCGGAGGCACUUUUGUCCACUAUCUACCGGACCAUGGAAUGAGACAGUGGGCUAGACGGGAGGCCGAGAGACUCAUCAAGGAAAGAGAGGCCAAGGGGAUCGCUAUCCUCGAUGGCAAUUACUAUGACCCCAGCAAGAUCAUCCUGCCCUCGGCAGGGGAGGAGAAGUAACUGCAGACUCGGCCACAGUGCAGAAAUGAACAAUUCAACAGUGCAACUUAUUUGUUAUAUAGCUUCCCAAUAAACGUCACUUGAACAUG